AAAUUAUAAAUGAUUUUGAAGUUUUCGUAAACGAAUUUCAGAAAAUAAUAAUCCAGCAGCAGAAAUGAAUUCCGUUUUUAAAGAGUAAAUUAUUAUUAUAACGGUCCUAGAUAUCGUUUAAAGUAAAAAUGUGCUCCAAAACUGACGAUACUGACCAAAUAAUUGUUCAACGUUUUAAAAAAGACUAUACUGAACAGUUUUAUAUUCUUGUACGAAUGCAUUUAUCUUUUUUGUUAGAUUUGAACACUGAAGAAAAUGAUAGUGUACCUGAAAAAGGUAGAAUUAAAAAAUGGAAUUUAGUCCCUUUUUCUAAAAAGUCCAAACUUCGGAGUGUCAUAGAAGGAGCUCCUUUAACUCAAGAGGGAAUAAAUCAAAUAUUUCAAUUAAUAGAAUUUCUGAAACAAGAAGACAAUAUUAAAAGUGAAGGUAUAUUUAGACGAACUGGAUCAAUCGAAAGGCAGCAAGAAUUAAAAUAUCUCUUAAAUCAAGGAUCAUUUUUAGAUUUGGGUUCUGGGACCUACAGUGUACAUGAUUGUGCAUCAGUUCUAAAAGGAUUUUUCCAAGAUUUACCCGAUCCACUAUUGACUGAGGUUCAUUUUCCUGUAUAUUGUCAAAUAGCAGAACUAUAUGACAUCAAUAUAUCUGCAUUGCAAGAAUCAAAACUUCUGGAAGCCUUACAAUUACUUUUGUUACUUCUUCCUUCUGAAAAUAAGUUGCUUUUAAAAGAUCUCUUAGAAUUACUACAUGUUACUGCAUCAUUUGAAUCUCAUAACAGGAUGUCUCCAGACAAUUUAGCAAAACUGUUUACACCUCAUUUAUUAUGUCCAAGAAACCUCACGCCUGCAAUAUUGCUAAAAGUUUCUCAGUCUUUAUUUAGUAUUGUUAGUUUUAUGAUAAUGAAGUACAAAGAAGUAUUUAAAAUCCCCUCAAAAUUGAUAUUAGACUUCAAAGCUAAGUAUGAAAAAAAGAGAAUACUAUCACCAGUCAGACAUCUUAAUGAAUCUACAGCAGAUGUUGCAAGUACAGUUUUUACUUUUGUUGAUCGGGAAUGUACUACUAAAGAGAAUCAGUCUAACCCUACUGAGACAGCUUUAGCCCAAUUGUACGCACAUAUUCAGAGUUUACCUGAAUCUUCUAAAAAAAGGAAGUUAGUCAAACAAUUUAAUAAGGAAAAUGGACAUGGAACUCCCUUACAAACAGUGAAAAAUAGUAAAAAUAGAAGUAUAGGGGAUUCAAUUAAGAAACAUAUUUUUCAUAAACAUUUGGCUAGGAAAAAAGGUUUUCUUAUGAAGGAUUCUCCUUGUGGUACAAGUGAAAGCCCUCUAGGCUCACCUUCUCUUGUAACAAGAGCUCGUCUUUUCUGCCACCAUAACUCCAAUUCAAGCACGGACCAAAGUCAGGAUGGGCAAUGCCCCAAUCCAAAAAGGAUGAAAUCAAGUAAGAGUUGUGAAAGACUGACAAGUAAAGAAAGUGACAAUCUUCAAGGUAAGGGGAGUUUGUCUGAACCAGAAUUCAGUGACAUUGAAGAAUCUGGAGAUUGUAAUGUUUAUUUAACCAGCACGCCGGCAUGUUUUCCAUUAAAAGCAUGUGAUGUUUUUACUCCGGAUUCAAAAGAUAGGAAGUCUAUGUCACCUAUUACAAUGUCAGCACAGAGGAUGUCCAGAGCUAUGCAGGAAACAAUGAUGACUCCAAGAAGUAGAAAACCAGUAUUACUUCUGUCUGGUACCAACAUAAAUGCACUACCUAAAAUGGAACAUCCUAAUCGUUUUAUGGACAAUGUAACUGAAGAAAAAGAAAGAAUUGAUUCACCAUCUAGUUGUUUCCAAGUUAGCCUACCAUUCAAAUCAAAAAGUGAAGGAGACAUUCAAAGAAAUAAAAUUGAAGUCCCAAAAAUAAAUAAAAGUGAUACAGAAGCGAUUCUAACAGAUACUUUCAGAGAAUAUUUAAGCAAUAGAGACAUGAUAACUUUUUAUUCACCACAAGAUUCAAGUUUUUCAAGCAGAACUGACGAUUUUAAUUCUACCGACUUAGGUAAUUUGACUGAUGGCCAGUUUUCCGAUUCUUUAAUGUACUGCCUAAAUGGAAAUAAUCCAGAGGAACUUAAUGUGAUAGAAGAAGAGCAAGAAGAAAAGAAAUUGGUGCUUAAACCCAAAAAAUUUGACGAAAAUGGGAAACCUAUUAUGUUUGAAACGUCAUUUUGACAGUAAUUUUUAUUCUAAUUAUUGUUAAAAUAAUGUAGACAGAUUAUAUUUAUUUACUUUU